CCUGAAUUUCAAGGACCCCGAGGCGGUGAGAGCUCUGACCUGCACACUCCUGAAGGAGGAUUUUGGGCUUACGAUUGACAUCCCCGUGGAAAGGCUUAUUCCGACCGUUCCCUUGAGGCUGAACUACAUCCACUGGGUGGAGGAUCUCAUCGGUCAUCAGGAUGCUGGCGAGCGAGUGGUCAGGCGAGGCAUUGACAUAGGGACAGGGGCAUCUUGCAUAUACCCACUGCUAGGAGCAACUUUGAAUGGCUGGGAUUUUCUUGCAACAGAAGUUGAUGAUAUGUGCUUCAACUAUGCCAAAAAGAACGUGGAACAGAAUAACUUGUCUGAUCUUAUAAAAGUGGUUAAAGUACCACAGAAGACUCUUCUAAUGGAUGCACUGAAAGAAGAAUCCGAGAUCAUUUAUGAUUUCUGCAUGUGCAACCCACCCUUUUUUGCCAACCAGCUGGAAGCGAAGGGAGUGAACUCUCGAAAUCCACGGCGUCCUCCUCCCAGUUCUGUGAAUACAGGAGGGAUCACAGAAAUCAUGGCUGAGGGGGGAGAACUAGAAUUUGUCAAAAGAAUUAUUCACGAUAGUCUACAGCUUAAAAAGAGGUUACGGUGGUACAGUUGCAUGUUGGGGAAGAAAUGCAGUUUAGCACCAUUGAAAGAGGAACUUCGAAUUCAGGGGGUUCCUAAAGUUACUCAUACUGAAUUCUGUCAAGGACGCACUAUGAGAUGGGCACUUGCAUGGAGUUUCUAUGAUGAUGUACAAGUACCUUCACCUCCCUCUAAAAGAAGAAAAUUAGAAAAACCACGAAAACCAAUUACAUUUAUGGUUUUGGCUUCUACAGUCAAAGAGCUAUCCAUCAAAGCUGCAGCUAUGAGUUGGGAUGCUGUAGAAGCCAUUGCUGUGGUUAGAGCCUGGGUAGAGAAGAUUCUCACUGAUCUGAAGGUUCAGCACAAACGUGUUCCCUGUGGCAAAGAUGAAGUUAGCCUGUUUGUGACUGCCAUUGAAAACUCCUGGAUUCAUUUGAGGAGAAAGAAACGAGAGAGAGUAAGGCAAUUACGAGAACUUCCUCGAGCUUCUGAAGAUGUUCUGCAAGCAAUGGAAGAGGAAAAAACCAGCCAGAAGAGUGAGAGCAACAAUUCAGGCCGUGAAAACCUCAAGACUGAAGAUUCCGAAAUGGGGUUUAUGGCACCUGAUGAGGAUGUCCAGUUGACCACAGGUGGUGAGCUACCAGAAGAAUCCGCUGCCAAAGGAGAAUGUUGUGAGCAUGUGAAGGAGGAGGGGACAGAAGCAAAGGAGGGAGAAACAUCACUUGGCAAAGGUUCCAGUAAUGCAAGGGAGGAAUCUUGCUCUUCAGAGGAACCUAGCAAUCUGACAGUUGAAAAGGAACAAAGUCCCAAAGAAACUAGUAGAUGUUUUCUCUUUAAGUGCUUAAUGAAUGUCAAGAAAGAAGGAAAUGAUGUGUUAGUAGAGAUGCAUUGGGUUGAAGGGCAGAACAGAGACUUGAUGAACCAGCUGUGCACAUACUUACGGAACCAAAUUCUUCGACUGGUUGCUAGUUAG